AAAUCAAGUAGGCUUUGAAAUCUUUAACAUCUCAUUUGAGGUUAUCACCAUUUUUGGAACUCCUAGAAUAUUAGUAUUGAAAUUUAUUUCGAACUGGUUGCAUUGUAAAUUUGUGUAGUGUUUGCUAAGUUAACCUAUUGAAUAUGGGUGCCUGUGUACAAUUCUUAGUGGGCAUAAUUGCCGCUUUUGGUGCCUUUUGUCUGGGUGCUGUGAUCGGAUGGUCGGGACCUGUGGAAGAUGAGGUCAUGAAAAACGGGGCCUACGACUUUGUACCGGACACAACGGAAUGGGGUCUGACGGGAUCUCUGAUGACACUGGGAGCAGCAUUCUCAUGCAUUCCGGUGGGAAUACUUAUUGGAAAGAUUGGAAGGAAAGUCACAAUGCUCGGUCUAUUGCCACCAUUCUUUAUCGGUUGGAUGCUCAUUACGAUGGCGGUGCACAUAUCAAUGUUGCUGGUCGGUCGCUUCGUUGUGGGAUUUUGUGGCGGAGCAUUCUGUGUGGCAAGUCCCAUGUACACCACAGAAAUCAGCCAGGUUCAGUAUCGCGGGAUCAUGGGAUGCUUCUUUCAGUUAUUCAUCGUCAAUGGGAUUCUGUAUGCCUUCAUUGUUGGUGCCUUCGCAAAGUGUUUUGUCUUCAAUGUUGCCUGCGCCGUUUUGCCCGUUAUAUAUUUCUUGAUGUUCAUGUGGAUGCCGGAAUCACCAGUAUAUCUGGCCCAAAAGGGCAAAAUUGAGAAAGCGGAGAAAUCAUUGAAAUUUCUGCGUGGCAAAGAUGAAGAUGUGAGUGGCGAACUGAAGGAAAUGGUGGCAGAGGCUCAAAAGGAGAAGGAGAAAGCUGGAAAACUUCUUUGCCGAAGGGUUACACUCAAGGGCCUCUUCCUAUCCAUUGCACUGAUGGUGUUCCAGCAGCUUACCGGCAUCAAUGCGAUUAUGUUCUAUUCGACAUUUAUUUUCCAUUCGGCUGGAUCAUCAUUGGAGCCUCGAUUCUGUACGAUUAUCAUUGGUGUGGUGCAGGUAAUUUGUACAUUCAUCUCGAUCUUAUUGAUCGAAAGACUAGGCCGUAAGAUACUGUUAAUGAUUUCGGCCUUUUUGAUGGGUAUGAGCACCUUGAUCAUGGCAUGUUAUUUCGGCUUUAUGAAAUCCUACGGCAUCGGUUGGCUAGCCCUCAUGGCUGUCAGUAUCUUUAUCAUCGGCUUCUCAUUGGGCUUUGGUCCUGUUCCCUGGCUCAUGAUGGCCGAGCUAUUUGCCGAGGACGUUAAGGCAUUGGCAGGAUCAAUAGCCGGCACGACGAAUUGGGUUUGUGCUUUCAUUGUUACCCUAUUGUUCCCUGUGUUAAACGUACAUAUUGGCGCUGCUGCAUGUUUUGCAAUUUUCUUUGGCUUUGCGUUGACAGCCUUCUUCUUCAUACUCUUUCUCAUCCCCGAAACCAAGGGCAAGACGCUUAACGAGAUCCAGGCCAAGUUGGGGGAGAAGAAGGAGUAGAGGUCUUUGGAACAAGAUAUAAAUCCACAGUCAAGACUUUUUCACGAAUGGACUUUAAAUUUAUAUAUAAAUUUUCAGAAAUAAUAACUAUGUAAAUUAUGUACUCGUAUUUUGGAUAAUGUUAAAUGUAAUGGAAAAUUUUCUAUAAGGAAA